AUGAAGCUAACAACGUAUCGUAAAUGGUUCCUCGGGUUGGCGAUGCCAGCCGUCACCAGCGCCUUGACGACAACCAUCAGUUCCACGACGAAUUGGGGCACCUGGGAGGGGUUCGGCGUGUCGCUUGCUUGGUGGGCCAAGGCGUUUGGCACACGGAGUGACUUGGCCGACAUAUUCUUCUCCGCCCAGUCGACAACCUACAAUGGACAUAGCAUUCCCGGGCUGGGGCUCACCAUUGCACGGUACAACGCCGGCGCCUGCAGCACCAUCAACGGCUCCGCGAUGGUGGUGUCUCCCGACAUGAUCCCCUCGCGACAGAUGGAAAGUUACUGGGCUGACUGGUCCAGCUCUUCGCCGUCGUCAUCGAGCUGGAGCUGGAGUGUCGACGCCAACCAGCGCAACAUGCUGUCGAUGGCCAAAGCCCGCGGCGCAAACAUUUUCGAGCUCUUUUCGAACUCGCCCACGUGGUGGAUGUGUCUCAACCAUAACCCUUCCGGGUCCAGCGACGGCUCCAGCGACAACUUGGAAUCGUGGAACUAUGACCAACAUGCGGUCUAUCUGGCUACCAUUGCGGAAUACGCUGCGAGUUACUGGGGUGUGUCCUUCCAGUCUGUGGAAGCCUUCAACGAACCGUCCUCGGACUGGUGGAACGGCCAGACUGGAACUCAGGAAGGCUGCCACUUUAACGUGGACACCCAAGCGACCGUGAUUGGGAACCUGCGCACUGAAUUGAACAACCGAGGGCUCAGCUCGAUCUUGAUUGCAGCCUCGGACGAAAACUCCUACGACUUGGCGAUUACCACGUGGAACAAUCUCGGAAGUACGGCGACGAGCAAAGUAGGCCGCAUUAAUGUCCACGGAUACCAAUACACCGGUGGACGGCGGGACACGCUGUACAGCCUGGCCUCCAGCUCCGGGAAGCGGCUCUGGAACAGUGAGUACAGCGAGAGCGACGUGACGGGCCAGCAACUCGUCACCAACCUGCUUCUCGACUUCCGCUGGCUCCACCCGACGGCCUGGGUAUACUGGCAAGCAAUCGACAGUGGUGGAUGGGGCCUGAUCGAUGGGGACAAUGACAACUUGACGCUCGGCGCCGUCAGCCAGAAGUACUUUGCGCUGGCGCAAUUCGCCCGCCACAUCCGGCCUGGGAUGCGCAUCCUGGACGGCGGGAGCGAUUACACUGUAGCCGCAUACGACUCCACGGCACAGAAGCUGGUCAUCAUUGCUGCAAACUGGGGUGCGGGCCAGUAUCUCAACUUUGAUCUCUCCAGCUUCAGCAAGCCUGGGGUCAGUGGCGCCCUGGUCCCACGCUGGAUGACUCAAGUCGGAACCGGCGACCAAUACGCCAGCUACAGCGAUACCUAUAUCAGCGGGACGAAGUUUUGGUCGUACUUCCCCACUGGAGCGGUGCAGACGUUCGAGGUGUCGAAUGUGACGUUGUAA